CUUACGUCAAUAUUAAAGAGAGCAGCAAUUCUGAUGCCGAGGCUUUGGAAUCAAUGAUAACUGUCGAGGACGUACCGGAUGCUCCAGCUGCCCACUCGCAAGAAAUGAAGCCACUCAUUGCACCUGCCCAGUCCAACAAAACAGCAGAGCCCGGAGAUGCAGUUAUGAGGUUGUCACGUGUUACGGAGGACCUGCGUGCAAUGUUGCCGGACCACCUGGUCACAGACGACGUGAAGCAGCUGGUGCCGAACAGCGCGAUCAUCCCCAAGCACGAGCACGACCGCAACGACUACCUCAAGUUCGAGCUGCCUUCCUCCUUCGGCGUCUGGUGCGACAUUGCCCUUGAGAGGAAAACGCUCAUCACCCCCAAACUGAGAAGGCACAUCAUCACCGUUCUGUUUCAAGCUUGCUACAAAAUUUCCCUGUAUCCAACCAUGAGGCUGUACAGAAGGGCAAUCGAUGCCCUGAUGGUGAAGUACCCGCACAUUGCCGAGGGGCCUUUCAACUGGCAAUGCUGGUGCCUGGCCCUGCGGAGUAAGUUCAAGAACACACGACGAAAGCUCCCGGAGACGCCCGGUAUCAUGGGUGAGUCGAGAAGGAAGUUUGGAGGGAAGCGCACGCUGGAAGAUGUCAGGUACCAGGUGGCCCAAGCACGCAAGGCUCUCGGUGUUGACGAACCACUAGAGUCCAGCAUGUCAGCUGACUCCCACGGCCAGUCGGGUGGGGAUGCCUCCGUCGGCAUGGAAGCAAUGGCUUUCAAAGUAGAGCCAGAUCAACAGAGCAGUGAGGCCAUGUCGGAUUGUUCCAACUUCAACAGUGCUGAGUUGGAGGACGUCACCGUUUCAGACCUACUCAGCACGUGCACGGACGAAGCUGCUACGGAGAAGCUCGUGGACCAAGCUGGUGGCAGAGCACUCGCGGAUGGGAACACGAACGGCGGCGAACUGUCGCUCGAAGGAAGUUUCAGUCGUGAUGCAUCCAGGCCAAGCCGAGACAAAAGGGAGAGACCGUCCCUCAAGGACAGGGACGACAUGAAGUUUGAAUUGCCAUCCUUUGGAGUGUUUGAAGAUGCACUGGAGAUGAGGCAGCCAGUGACUAACAGGCUUCGACGUCACAUCACCCGGUGCCUCUUCGAUGCCUGCUCCAAGAUAACCCUAUACCCGACGUCGCACCUCUACAGGACUGCUGUGGACCUCCUGCUCCACAAGUACCCACACCUGAUUGAUACCACCGGAGAAACCGGAAGGGAGCUGUGGGUUGACUCGCUGAAGUCGAAGUUCAAGAACGUCCCGACGCCGGCUGCCGGAACAGGUGUGGGAGCAUGAGCAAGGUUCGGAGCAAGUACACUACAUCACCCCGGCGAGCUACUGCUCCACCGAAACCAAAAGAGGAGGGUGUGGGUCGUGCCAGUCGUCCUGUGGCCAUUCAAGGCGUAAUGUCAGCCAGCACCAGUUCCUCGUGGCAAACCGGCCCACUGGGCCUAGGAGGCAUGGAAGGUGCAAGCGAUCAAAACGAAGCGGUUGCUGUCAAGGGAGGAGUGACAGCAUACGUGAUAUGACAGUGCAGCAAGCCAUCGCUGCCUUCCCUGCUUACAGGCAGGAGUCCGCUUUGCUCGCUGACUUCAAGAUGCUGUGGAACGCCGACAUUCCUGAAUGCUUCG